AUGAAGCAGGCAGAUUUGCUCGCAACUCUUGAGAAGGACACGCAGCAUCUUUCGAUGGAGAUUCGGACACUGAGGCACCAACGUCUCGGCCUGUUCGCAGGUAUGCCAACCAAGAAGGACCUCUGGGAUGUCGUCGCGGACUAUUUCCGACUAUUUCGCCACGGAUUGCACGCGAGCGCAAAGUUCAGAACCGCCCAGCUAGAUUUCGUGCGCACAACGAUGGCUACAGACGUCGUCUUCAACGCGCAGUAUGGUGUUGAGACCCAGAUGAGGAGCUGGUGCUUUCUGCAAUGGUUCGACGACGUCGAAGCGGAGCUAGAAAACUUGCAAAAGAGCACCAAGAUGUCGCUAAAUGCGACCAUGACAACAAGCGUGACGAUCACGAAUCGAACGUUGAGCAACGUGUUUCCUUACCUGAAGAAAAGCAGUAGCUUGGCGUGCAAACUUGUGGGUCAGCGCAUCGUGAUGCGUGGUUCGGCUCGCUUUGACUGGGAUAGUUCGACCAGCCGCGUGACGAGCGUGAUAUCACAGAGCGACAUGUUGACCCCAAUGCUGCGUCUGCUGGGAAGCUUUGAGGACGUGAGUCAAGUGUUCGAUCAGGCGCUCAUUUCGCCCGAGUUCCAGUGGAGAUCAAUGUCCUAA